AUGGCGCAACAUCCGGUUGUUAUUGUCACAGGUGGAGUGGCUGGUAUCGGUGCCGCAAUUGUUGACCAGCUCCUGCGAGAGAAUGCCAGACUUGUGGUGGUCGAUCUGGCUGAGGAGCCGUUGAGGCAACGACAGGCAACGCUGGGAAAGGACAAGUUCCAGUACGUGAUCGGCGAUGUGAGUAAUGACCAAGUCAAUUCGCAGGCUGUGGAACUCGCGAUCAAGACUUGGGCAAAGAUUGAUGCCAUUGCCCUCAACGCUGGGAUCAUGGCACCAAUCCAGCGAAUAUGCGACAUGACAUCGACCGAAGUGACAAAGAUCUUCAAUGUCAACGUUGUAGCUCAUAUCUCCAUGCUUUCUGUGGCAAUCCCGCAUCUGAGAAAAUCCAAAGGGAGAGUCAUCUUUACGUCGUCAGAUGCCGGCGAGCAGCUACGCUGGAAGGCCUGGGGAGCCUACGGAGCUUCGAAAGCAGCAGUCAACUUUUUUGCCCAGGCGCUGACUUUGGAAGAGCCUGAUAUCACCGCCAUCGCGGUAUAUCCUGGUAUCGUAAAUACACCCCUUGUCAACAAACUCAUCCACGGAGAAUUUCCGGGAAUGACUGCCGACGAGUUGGAGGAGUACAAAGCGUACCUACACCCUAGACUGGUAGAGCCUCACCAGCCGGGAUCUGUGAUAGCAAAGCUUGCUAUAAAGGCGUCACCUGAGUUGAGGGGCAAAAUCGCUUUCUGGGACGACCCCGUGUUCAAGAUGGAUUAA